AAAAAACCCAUUCUUAACGAAGGAUGGGAAAAAUGGUGCCUUCACAAGUGACCUCUCUUGUGGUCACUCUCCUAGUGGCAAUAGUCUCUCUCACAUUGCCUUCAGAAACUUCAGCCAACUACCCUUACUCAUCUCCACCACCACCGGCCUCUCCUCCCUACCAUUACAAGUCACCACCGCCUCCUUCUCCUUCUCCUCCAGUGCACUACUCACCACCUAAGCAUCCCUACCACCCUAAGUCACCACCACCUCCUGUGUACUCACCACCUAAGCAUCCCUACCACCCCAAGUCACCACCACCAUCACCAAAGCCUUACCACUACAAAUCCCCACCACCACCUCCUCCUCCAGUGCACUCACCACCCCCACCUAAGGAGCCCUACCACUACAAGUCUCCACCACCACCAUCCAAGAAGCCCUACCACUACAAAUCUCCCCCACCACCAAAGAAGCCUUACCAUUACAAGUCUCCUCCCCCACCAGUGCACUCAUCCCCACCACCAAAGAAGCCCUACCAUUACAAAUCCCCACCACCACCGCCACCACACAAGAAGCCUUAUUACCCUGUUCACUCACCACCUCCACCUAAGAAGCCUUACCACUACAAGUCCCCACCACCACCUUCUCCUACUCCUCCUAAAUACUCACCACCUAAGCACCCCUACCACUACAAGUCACCACCGCCACCACUACCACCCAAGAAGCCUUACCACUACAAGUCCCCACCACCUCCUUCUCCUACUCCUCCCAAAUACUCACCACCUAAGCACCCCUACCACUACAAGUCACCACCGCCACCACUACCACCCAAGAAGCCUUACCACUACAAGUCCCCACCACCUCCUUCUCCUACUCCUCCUAAAUACUCACCCCCUAAGCACCCCUACCACUACAAGUCACCACCGCCACCACUACCACCCAAGAAGCCUUACCACUACAAGUCCCCACCACCUCCUUCUCCUACUCCUCCUAAAUACUCACCACCUAAGCACCCCUACCACUACAAGUCACCACCGCCACCAUUACCACCCAAGAAGCCUUACCACUACAAGUCCCCACCACCUCCACCUCCUCCAGUUCCCACAUCAUCUCCACCCAAGAAACCUUACCACUACAAGUCUCCCCCACCACCCCCUCCAGUCUACAAGUCUCCUCCACCACCAGUUUACUCACCACCACAACCACCUAAGAAACCUUACAAGCCACCAACUCCUCCAGCAGCUCACCCACCACACGGUUACAUCUAUUCCUCACCCCCACCUCCUCACCACUACUAGAUAUUGAAAGCUUAAUUGCAUCAAGCUGGUAAGGGAAGAAGAAAGGUCAGAAUAAAGAAAGGGGCUGUUGAAGUCGAACAGCGCGCCUUAUCACCACACAAGGAAGAAGAGAAAGAAAAAACGAGUCUCCACGCAGCUGCUGAUGUAACGUGUUUUAUAUAUGCGAUAUUCGAUAGGGUUUCAUAUUUACCUUUCCGUGCAAUAUUAGACAGUUGUAGGGCACUCAUGUUCCAUGUAUUUUAUUUCCUGUUUCUCAAAAGAGAUGGUAUAUGUAUGUUGUUUGUUUCAACCUUCCAAUGGAGAGGUGAUCAUCAUAAUACUAAAAUAAAUACAUUCCCCAAAUUUUACUUAA